UCAUUUUCUUCACAGGAGAUAAAAAUAAGUGGUGCUUUUGAAAAUGUUCCUAAGACGCGUCGCGCGAUUUGCUUCUCUAUUGAUUAGCGUUAGGGACUGCUGCAUCGUAUCUUUCUUCGGCAGCCCUUCAAUUAUCUUUCCAACUAGUUUUUCAUCUAUCGAACGUUCCCGCUUAUUAUCUGUUACCUAACCAGACCUUUCCCGUUAGCAGCUUUACAUAACGGAAUACCGGUUAGCGGUUUGUAACCAAAUCCACGAUAUUCUUCGACAAUUGAAUAUAGUCGAUUUAAGACGAGUCAAUUUCAAUUACUCGUUACUUACUUCAUUUAGAAAUUAGAUGAGAGAACAAUGAAUGAUCUUUUUUGUCUUUAAAAAAUGUCCGCUAAAUGUAAGAGUUGGAGUUCGAGGAUGGCGUGCAGGAAUAGGACGAACAUUUUGAUAUAAUUAUCUUUUCCUUCUUUUCGUAUCUCCGGCAGAAUUUUCUCACUCUCUUUAUCCGUUGUCUGCCAAGCUUUUAGCGGUAAGCACAUCUUCCCCUGAAAUACGAGAGUUUGAAUUGGGUUUUGUUGUUGCGACAUCCCUUUUCACAAGUAUUUAUGUAUACUCAUCGAUAGAGAAAAGCUUCCCGUUCGUCACACGUGAGUCGUUCCUUCAUUCUUUUAUCCCCUCUAAGCACAAUACAAUAUAGUGCACUGUUACGCGUUUUAUUUUGCCUAUUUUCUAAUUAAUCAACGAAUUAGAGAACAUUGUAUAAUUUCAUCGAAUUUCAUCCGAAUUGUAAUAUGGGCAAAUUUUGUAUGGCAAAGGCGAGAUAGUUGAAACACCAUAUAUCAAAGUUUGUCAGACGCGCGAGCUCGUUGAAUAAUGAAUGAAGAUUUAACCGGUACGCGCGGCAAAAGGAAAGAAAUAAGUUCGAGGUGGAGGGUGACGAUCGAGGCAGAAAACAUCGAUAUGUCACCUCUUUGCCAGUUAAAUAUCAAAGCAUCAAUGUCAGCGAGAUGUUUGUAUUUUCUUUAGGUGACGUAACCAAAAUCGAGGUGGUGCUCGAAGAAGCACCAGACGACACUGUCCUCGCUGGUUCUAUACCUUCCGAAUUGAAUGCCAGCAUCGAAUUCAAUUCAACAUAUCCAGGAAUUCCAGAAACCGGAACGGUCGUGGUUAGAGCCGAGGAAGCUCUGAUCGUCAUCCUAGUUCUCUUCCUUUGGGUCGCAGCGAUAGCCUUAUUUUUUAAUCGAUGGGGAAAGAUCAGAAUGUUGGAGCCCUAUCAACCAAAGUUUCAGCAACAACACAGACAAAGCUGCACGAUGGUCGACAUGAACGCGCUUCCGGAGGGCACGGUGCACCAGGGUAUGGUGCAUCAGGGUAGCUGCACCACCGAGUGUUGGAGGCCGAGAGAAAACAGCGUGUUCGUCGGUUCGAGCAGCGGGGCGUCCCUCGUCGCGGUCGAUCAGGAGACGAGCCCGAGACGAGCCAAAAGCGCAUUCGACCUGCAGUCCCUCGUCGCGGUCGAGUGCAACGUAAGUAAUACCCAACUUACCAGUGGGACCAAUCCCCAUCCAACUUCCUUCUCUUUGGAGACCUCGAAAUUGGCUCAACGGAGGACCAGCGUCUGUCAGUUGUUGGACAACCCAUUAUUGCAACAACGCCAAAGAGGCAUGAGCGUGUGUAACGUCGAUCGCGGAGAGUACCAAAUUCUUCACAGUCAAACUUCCCAGAGAGACCGAGGCAUGAGUAUCUGUUACUUCGAUAGAACGGACGUCUUGGCGAGGCCUCUUCAAAGGGACCACCACCGGGGUUCGAGCAUUUGUACCUUCGACAGAAUGGACGUCCUUGCGAGACCACCUUUUCGCGACCGCGGUGGUACCAGCGUUUCCCAAUUUGACAGAAUGGACGUUUUGGCGCGUCCGACUUCCUCCUAUCUCGGGAAGUCUCUCCUAAGAGAGAGACGCGUUAGCGUUUCUAACUUUGCCGAAAAAAACGACGAACCUAUGCCGGGGGCUCCUUCCUCCUACGCUUACCACCCUCGCCUACCACCCUCCAGCGUAAAUAAUCUCGAUAAAAUCGAACCAUCCCGAGAACAACUCCGUUCCGAUAAAAAUAAUCAAGAUAACGGCAUUGCGUAUUAUUUCGAUCGACCAUCCUGCAGCAAAACUCCGGACGUUGUGUUAGGAUAUAAAGCUACUUGCGUUUAAACUUACGCUACGUAUCUCUACGAUCCAAAUUCUUGACCAAACGAACAAUUACCAACUAUCUAUCUUACUUUUUCAUCACAAUUUUCAAUUAGAACGAAAAUAAAUGCGUUACUUUAAAUUCAUAUAACGGGAAGUGCAAAGAAAUAUCAUUCUUUUCCUAUUUCAUUUUAUACUCGUUACCAUAAGCAAAUAGAAUAUUUUUGCGACUCGCUGUACGUAGCAACCGUCGAUAUUUCCUAUGUUUCAGCGGCCAUUCGAUACUCUGGACAAGAGCAUUUAAAUGGGAAAGCCUGGAAACGAGACAGAAAAUUUCUAUCGUUACAUUUAUUUCUCUCUUACACCUAUAAAUAUGUUUUCUUCGUGAUAAAUAUUUUCAUACGUUCGUAAGUAUGAUAGAUUCGAAUCUUUCCUAUUUAAAUGUUCGUCGUGCGUGGAUAUUAUUCUACAUAGACCUAAUGGUAUAAUAAAAUUCAAUCUAUAGGGCUGCUCCGUCAGUUUUGAUUCGUUGACGCGUGCGUUCUAUUCAAUAUUUAUCGAAACUUGUUUCAUUUCCUCGCGACAGAUAUCAUUUAAUUGAGAGUAAGCUUCGUUAAAUAUGCACUCUUUGAAAAGACAAAGAGUUUACUUAUAAAAUCAAAAGAGUAAGUAUUGUAAACGGUCAAGAAGAACUUCGUUGGACCAAUGACGAAUCUUUUUUCGUAUUAAUUGUGAUUCCUUUUCGUACUUAACGAAGGGGUGAAAACAAAUAUGAACGUGAUAAUUAUAUUACCAAUGAAAAAACAAAUGUGAAAUAUUUUUUAUUAAUAUCUCUUUUAUCGCACAAUCUCGUAGUUUAGUCUAACACGAAAGAAAAUGUUACCAUUGGCUCGUCAACAAAAUUUCAUUUCUAUCUUAAC